AGGUACUGCCUGACUCCGGCUAACCGGAUCUUCCCGAGAAGGUUCGGCUGCGUUCGCCGAUCUAAGCUUGAUCAAAGCACACGCCGUUUCUUCGCAUGCUUGGGAGGUCGCCUUAUCAACAAACUAAUGGAAGAUGACUUGAAACGUGGGUAUCCAACAGCCGCAUCGAGUGGGCACAAUAAUGUGGUAGUGGAGAAUUGCGCCGCCUUGAAGAUCAGGACCAAUAGGAGAAAGUCAUUCGGUGGGUUUGGGGCCAAACCGGAUAUAUCGGUUCCUUCGUAAUGUGGCCGGGAUGGCAACCUGACCUUAGUACCGCGGCGUGGGUGAGGAGUAUCGAUAAUCUUCGCACAAACGAAAUCCCUUCUCUCUUCUCAUCCGAAACAUUGCGAGUGCCAUACAAAGGCAACGCCCUGUUCAUCGAGAACUCCACCGACUUCACAUUAUCUCCCUCCCUUUCAACUUCCGAUCAAGUACCUACCAAAAUGACCAAAGACAAGACCCUCCAACUCGGAGACCUUAGCCCGCGCAAUAGAAACAACGUAGGCUCCGCAACUCAUGGCGCGAUCAACGGCAAGGAGACCGCACUGAGAGAUGACGUCGAUGGAAUGGGGUUGCGAAAUGCGCGACUGACGCUGUGGGCCAAACGUUUCGUAGGAUUUCUGGUGGGACUGGCUUUUGCAUUCUUGUAUGAUAGACUAGUAGGCUUUCCUCGGCGGCCUUGUCCUUCUUGCGAGACCUCGGGUUGUUGAAGUUAUCUCAUGAGGAUUGUUAAGAAUCGGGGCGAGGAUCGCGGAAGUUGAAGGUAGCUUGUCGCCGCCUCGCGGCAUCGCCAAGUGGAAACAUGUACAGUACUGUCUGUUAUCGCAUUAACAAUCGCGGCUGCGUGUU